CUCAACUUCAACUGCUAAUAUUUUCCAUACCUUCAUAUUUUCAUGGUUUAUUUAUGCUCAUUUUCUCACUCUACAAACAAGAUUAACAGGUACAUCUUUCUCUUUUAUAAUUCAGUUCAAGAUCAUUUCUCCAUUACAUUGAAAAGAUCACGAACGGAAAGAAGUACAGUGAGAAUUGAACGCACACCUAUUGUACCAAUAGACUGUAACAUUUGAAUUAAAUACUUAAUAAUACUAACCAAAUGACUCGAAUUAUUUCAGCUGAGAUUUUUCCUCAUUGUCUCUUUUUCUCCAAUAACCUAAAGCCAAUAUCUCAAUCUCAAAAGCACACUUCUAUUGUUAGAUGUAAUAGCCAUGAAUUUAGUAAAGUAAAGCCUAGAAAUAACCAAAGGGUUAAAGUUUCUACUGAAAAUAGACAUGCCUAUGUACAACAAUCCAAUGAUUUGAAAGCAACAAAUAUUUUGAAAGUGUUAAAUUGGUCAUGUAAAGUUGGCAAAUAUGAUGAAACAUUGUAUCUUCUUGAUUGCAAAGUGAAGAAUAAUGGUUAUAAACCAGAUGUUAUUCUUUGUACUAAGCUUAUUAAGGGAUUUUGCCACUCGAAAAAUUCGGACAAAGCAUUAAAAGUUAUGCAGAUUUUAGAGGAAUUUGGUGAACCUGAUGUAUUUGCAUAUAAUGCUCUUAUUAGUGGAUUCUGCAAAAUGAAUAAAAUUGAAGAGGCGAAUAAGGUGUUGAAUCGGAUGAAAUCCCACGGAUUUCCUCCGGAUGCUGUUACUUAUAAUAUCUUGAUUGGAAGUCUUUGUGAUAGGGGGAAAUUAGGGUUAGCAUUGAAAUUGUUGGAUCAGUUAAAAGAAGAAAGAAAUUGUAAGCCUACAGUUAUUACAUAUACAAUCUUGAUAGAGGCAACGAUUCUUGAAGGCGGAAUUCAUGAAGCAAUGAAGCUUCUUGAUGAGAUGUUAUCGAUAGGGCUUCAACCUGAUAUGUAUACUUAUAAUGCAAUUAUAAGGGGAAUGUGUAGAGAAAAGAUGAUGGAUCAAGCUUAUGAGUUUGUUAGGAGUUUGCCAUCUAAGGGUUGCAAACCGGAUGUGAUUUCUUAUAAUAUAUUGUUAAGGGCGUUAUUGCAUAAGGGGAAAUGGAGCGAUGGAGAGAAGUUAGUGAACGAGAUGUUUUCUGCAGGGUGUGAACCAAAUGUGGUUACUUAUAGCAUUUUGAUGAGUUCUUUGUGUAGAGAUGGGAAAUUAGACGAGGCGAUCAACUUGUUGAAGAUAAUGAUGGAUAAGGGAUUAACACCAGAUACUUUCACUUAUGAUCCAUUGAUUUCUGCAUUUUGUAAAGGAGGGAGAUUAGAUUUGGCUAUUAAGUUCCUCGACUAUAUGAUUUCGAAUGGUUGCUUGCCUGAUAUAGUGAACUACAACACUAUACUUUCUACAAUGUGUAAGAAAGGGAAAGCCGACGAAGCAAUGGAAGUAUUUGAGAAGCUCGCGGAAAUAGGCUGUCCACCUGAUGUGAGUACUUAUAAUACAAUGAUGAGCGCGUUAUGGAAUAACGGAGAUAGAGCUAGGGCGUUGAGAUUGGUUUCGGAGAUGAUAGAAAAAGGGAUUGAUCCUGAUGAGAUUACUUAUAAUUCGCUAAUAUCAUGUUUAUGCAGAGACGGAUUAGUGAACGAGGCGCUUGACUUGUUAGGAGAUAUGGAAGGGAAUGGUUUUCCACCUACUGUGAUUACUUAUAACAUUCUGCUUCUUGGAUUGUGUAAAGCUCAUAGAGUUGACGAGGCGAUUGAAGUGUUAAGAGUAAUGGUAGACAAAGGGCGUCGGCCAAAUGAAACGACGUACAUUCUGUUAAUAGAAGGUAUUGGUUUUUCAGGAUGGAGAGUUCAAGCAAUGGAGGCUGCUAACUCUCUUUAUCAGAAGAAUGCUAUUUCAAAAGAAUCAGUUCAACGUUUGAGAAAAACAUUUCCUAUAUCUGAUGUUUAUAAAGAUAGUACUGGAAGGGAAGGCUUGGCGUAAUUGGUAAAGUUGAGGUCACGAGUUCGAGCUGUGGAAACAGCCUCUUGGAGAAAUGAAAUGUAAGGUAAGACUGCGUACAAUAGACCCUUGUGGUCUGGCCCUUCCCAGGACCCCACACACAGCACCGAAGCUGCCCUUACUCGUACAGUCCGAGCAAUGUUCAAUACUUGUAUAUCAUUGACAGUAAUAAAAGAUGUCAGGCUUCUUUAUCUGCAGUUUUUACAUAGUGUUCGUUAGAGGAAAAUACCUCUCUAAUAUGUGGCCAAAUCUGGUGCUUUUUGACAACAAACAAUAUUGCUUUGGACUGUGUUGUCGCUGAAAAAAUAAACUGUUAAUUGA